AUGGAUGCCUCCGUGAAACCUCGCCUCUCCAUUGGCGAAAAGAUACAGUUGAUGGGGAUUUUGCUAUUUGUCAGCCCCUAUUCGCUCAUGCUCGAUCUCACCCGCCUGCUAUUAUACGCCUUCCAGAAUGGACUGAGUCUUCGAUACUAUGCAGGCUGCGCCUUGUUCAGGACCUUGUUUAGCACGCUUGAAGGCCGUUUUGCUCAAACAAUACUUCCGUCUACGGAAGAAGCUUAUAGGGCAUGGAUCCGGCAAAAAGAGAGACUUACCAAGGACCCAUUGCUUAAAGAGCGGCUCCGGUGCGACAUACAGCCUCUUGACGAUGGCCAUUCGAGCAUCCUGUGGGUUGGAAACCGCCACAAGGCCCGCAAGAUAGUGCUGUACCUCCACGGCGGAGGUUUCAGGUUGCCGAGCGUAGCUGGCCAUUUCGAAUGUGUCUGGAACUCAUACGUGCUCUCGGGGGUAGAAUUAGAGACUGAAGUAGCCGUGGCGUUUUUGCAGUAUUCACUCGCUCCCACUUGGAGAGCCCCCGUGCAGCUCCGUCAGGCCGCCGCCGCUCUCUCCGAACUCAUCAACGCAGGCUUCAGUGCCAAGGAUAUUGUCGUAGGGGGCGACUCUGCUGGUGGGAAUCUGACGGUACAGCUGCUCCAUCACCUUGUCGAACCCCAUGCUGAGGUCCCCCGCAUCGCAUUACAAGAGCCUCUGUCGGCCGCCUUUCUCAUAUCGCCGUGGCUUGGUAAGGACACGUCUGCCGCCUCAUUUCAGGAAAAUGAUCGGUAUGAUAUGGUUUCAGUCGCCGUCUUGCGCUCUCUUGAUAGCGAUAUUCGGGCCCGUGGAGGGGAGACGGACACAAAUACAGAUGGUCAAGACAGUUGGGCGGAGCCAUUUGAAUACAAAGGACAGUGGCUAAAUGAGCUCGGCAGCGUUGUCAGGAAGAUUCACAUCACGGUCGGUGAUAGGGAGAUUCUGGCUGAUCAGGGUAAGCUGAUGGCAAAGACAGUGACAGCCUCGAAUACAGGCGUAGAGGUGACUCUCGAGAGCAAUCCCAAGGCAGCCCAUGAUUUUCUGGUGGUGGAGGGAUUCUUUGGAAAUAUUGGUGAGGAUACCAUCCGGAUGAAGCAGUGGUUCAAGACUGUGUUGUAG